AUGGGGUCAACCAGCCGACUCCCCAACUCCGACUCUCCUGAUCUGUACCUUACCCAACCCACGCCGGAAGAAUGCACCCAGAUCUGGACCAACACCGCGGUCUCGUGGAAGGACUCGCUGACCACAUCUCUCUACGUCGCCGAGUCUGAGUACCUUGCCACGGCACCUCUUGUCAAGGACGGAGGCAUGACCACGUGGGCUCUCGUGGAAAAAAACCUGCCCCCCAAUCAGCGGCAGAUCUUCUGCUCAUGUGAGAGCUUUCGGAAGCGGUCUCUCACCAGCGACAGCGAUGGCAACGUCGAGGAGGGUGUUAUUCACGGCAUCGCCAGCGUCUUCUGCCCACCGGGGCUCCGGCAUCGCGGCUACGCAACUCGUCAUAUGAAGGAGCUAGCCUGGGUUCUGCCAGGAUGGCAGUCUGAUUACGGCAAGAGCAUUGGUAGCAUCCUAUACUCGGACAUUGGGAGGCAAUUCUAUGCUGGGCUAGGCUGGCUGCCGAGUCCCAGAAACGGGCACGUUGUCUUGCCGCCCGCCAAGAUGAAGAAGCCGGCGAUGGCACGGAUAGUCCCCGAGUCGGAACUUGAAGCACUCUGCCUCAGAGACGAGGCCAUGAUCCGUAGAGCCAUGGCAACACCUAGCACGGCGCGGAAACGCGUGGUGGUCCUGCCGGACCUGGACCACAUGCUAUGGCAUAUCCGAAAGGAAGACUUUUCCACCAACUACAUCUUUGGGAAAAUACCGCAGGCGAAAGGUGCGAUUUCCGGGAGCCCUGGAAAGCAGGUUUGGGCCGUCUGGGUGCGUCGUUACUACAGGCACCCAGAUCAGCACGACGAGGCGGAAGAGGAUGCGAGAAAUGUUCUUUACAUCCUCCGUCUCGUGGUAGAAGGCGAUGAAACUGCCAACAAGCCUCACGGGGAUCAAAUGACGCCGCCGACAGAUGCGUACGCGGAGCAGGCAGCGGCGCUCAACGCCGUACUCGAGGCCGCCCAGGCGGAAGCAGCGGAGUGGCGUCUAGACCAGGUGAACUUGUGGGAGCCGUCCCCUUUGCUGCAGAGACUUCUCGAGCAGAGCAGCCUCGACGCUACCUGGGUUGAGCGACAGGAGGACAGCAUCGCGUCUGCGCAGUGGGUAAGCGAAGAGGGUGAUGGCGCAGACGAGGCUCCAGCUUGGGUCAACAAUGAGUGCUACGCAUGGUGCUAG